AUGGCUGACUCCACAACCCGUCUUACAAGGCCAUCCCUCGGCCAAAUGCGCAGCAGCUCAUUCCUGCAAGACCACCAACAGUACAAGCCGAUGGCUCCAAUCAACCAAAUCAACCAGACUAUCGGCGAAGUUCUGGCCAACCAGGUGGAUGAUCACUUGGUUCUUAACGCAAACCCUAUCAAUCCGGACCCUGAGAGAGUCACCGACAGCGGUAUCAUCCACAGCAUCUUCAACCACCAAGCAAACCCUCUUCCAAGCGGCACGUCGCAAAUCGUCGCCACUAUCUACUACAAAUCCAACAAUCCCGUUCACCCCCACUUCCACCCCGACUCCGGACCCCAACAUGCCCCAGGCGAUAAGCUCCCAGCGCCAACCGUGCCUAGUGGCUCUGCCCCGACAGAAGAUAUGGACAAGUUCCCGCGAGAGCCACCUGCGCCAGAGCCGGAACCUUUGGACCACCUCUAUGGGCCCUAUGUCUCUCAACUAUGCUUGACCAAUUUCCUGCAGAUUUUGGAAACCCUCCCCACCCCCUACCAGCGCAUGAACACCUCGCACCGCUGUCUUGAUCGUGACGAACACCCCCGCGUCGUGGAGGUCACCUUCUCUCCCCCGCCAAACCCAGACUAUCUCUCCUUCCCCGACCUGCGCAAGCAUGAGAGCAUCUGGCGCUUUGAGCGCGAGUGGAAUGUCGAGGUCGUCCUGCAAAAGGAGAGCGUUUUCCGUCGCCACAAGCGCUUAGCUGUAUUCGACAUGGAUAGCACCUUGAUCGAUAAUGAAUGUAUUGACGAGAUCGCGAAGUUCAUUGGUGUCGAGAAACAGGUCUCGGAAAUCACUGAACGCGCUAUGAACGGCGAGCUGGACUUCACCGCAUCACUGAAGGAGCGCGUCGGCCUUCUCAACGGCGUCACAGCAGAUGUCUUCGACAAGCUCAAGUCCGUCAUCAAGAUCGCCAAGGGUGCCCGUGAGCUCUGCCGUGCAUUGAAGACUCUGGGCUAUAAGAUUGCAGUGCUGAGUGGCGGUUUCCAGCCCCUCGCCGAGUGGCUUGCCGAGCAGCUCGGUAUCGAUAUUGCCGUCGCCAACCACCUCGAAAUCGACGAGACCACCCAGACCCUGACUGGCAAGUUGGUGCCGUCCUACCCCAUUGUCGAUGCCGCCCAGAAGCGCACUCUCCUCAAGUCCAUCGCCGCCGAGCACGGCAUCCCCCUCUCACAAACCAUGGCCGUCGGCGAUGGCGCCAACGAUCUCCUGAUGCUCCACGCUGCAGGCCUCGGUGUCGCCUGGCGCGCCAAGUCCAAGGUCCAGCUGGAGGCUCCCACCCGCAUCAACGGCGAGAGCUUGGUCGAUAUCCUCUACCUGCUCGGCAUGGACAACGAUGACAUCGCGGAGCUGACCUCUGAGACUAAAUAA